UAAGAAGGCUUAGAGAGAGAAAGAGAGAAGAAGAAGGAAGAAGAAGAGAAAAAGAAAAAAGAGAAGAGAGAGAGAGAAAUCCAUCGGCCGCCUGACCUUCUUCUUCUUCUUCUUCUUCUUCUUCUUCUUCUUCUUCUUCUUCUUCUUCUUCGUAUUCUUCCUCUGCCGUGUCUCUCAUCGCCACCAUUUUCUUCUUCAACAUUGAUUCUUUCUUCCCUUCAAUUUUCCCUAAAAUCCCAUCUUCUUCCAUUACCCUUCUCUCUAUUCUUCAUUCUUUUUCAUCUUUCAAUACAAUUUUCCCCCCUUUAAUAUUCAUUUCAUUGGUCAAUGUAGCUUCCUUUCCUUCAAACUAGGGUUUCAAUUCACCAUCUCCCUUCCGACUAUGUAGUUACAACACGAUCUUCUUCUUUUCACUACUAUUUCCUUCCAAAAAUCAACCUUUUUUCUUCUUUUUUUUCCUCCUCCUGUAUUCUUCUGUCAGUAUCAUCGUCUAUUCUAAUCCGAAGGCUGACUUUCUUGUUCUUCAUUUUCAUUUCUUAACUGGCUCUCUGGGAAUAACUCAAAUUUCUCUUUAAUCUCCCGGAGUCGUCGGCAGUGGAAUUACCCUGCCGGAACCCAAAGAAUCACACUUGUCUUUACCACGAUUUGAGGCAAAUCUGUGUUGGUGUUGUUGCAUUUUAGCUUUUAGGUUCAUUUUGAUUUGAUUAAAGAAUUGGAUCAUGGACCAUGUAAUUGCGGGGAAGUUCAAGCUGGGAAGGAAGAUUGGGAGUGGGUCUUUUGGAGAGCUCUAUUUAGCUGUUAAUGUGCAAACUGGAGAGGAGGUUGCUGUCAAACUAGAACCUGUGAAAACCAAGCACCCCCAGCUUCAUUAUGAGUCCAAAUUGUAUAUGCUUCUUCAAGGAGGAACGGGAAUCCCCCACCUGAAGUGGUUUGGAGUUGACAGUGAUUACAACAUCAUGGUGAUUGAUCUUCUGGGGCCAAGUUUGGAGGAUUUAUUUAACUACUGUAAUAGAAAGUUUACAUUGAAAACUGUCCUGAUGCUUGCAGAUCAAUUAAUUAACAGGGUUGAGUACAUGCACUCAAGAGGUUUUCUCCAUCGUGAUAUAAAGCCUGACAACUUCUUAAUGGGACUUGGGCGGAAAGCCAAUCAGGUAUACAUCAUUGACUACGGCCUCGCAAAGAAGUACAGGGAUCUUCAAACUCAUAAGCAUAUACCGUACAGGGAGAACAAGAACCUUACUGGCACAGCUCGCUAUGCUAGUGUCAACACUCACCUAGGAAUUGAGCAAAGCAGAAGGGAUGAUCUAGAGUCUCUUGGUUAUGUGCUCAUGUAUUUCCUAAGAGGAAGCCUUCCCUGGCAGGGUCUGAAAGCAGGCACAAAGAAACAAAAGUAUGAUAAAAUUAGUGAAAAAAAGAUGUCCACUCCUAUUGAGGUUCUUUGCAAAUCACAUCCACCUGAGUUCGUAUCUUAUUUCCAUUACUGUCGAUCACUGAGGUUUGAAGACAAACCAGAUUAUUCAUAUUUAAAGCGACUUUUUCGAGACCUAUUCAUACGAGAAGGCUAUCAAUUUGAUUAUGUCUUUGACUGGACUAUACUGAAGUACCCACAGAUUGGAGGCAGUUCAAGAGGACGACACUCAAGUGGGAAAGCUGCAGCUACUCCAGGACCAUCUGCAGAAAGGCCAGAGAGAACUUCAGUUGGGAAAGAGAUCCGAGAAAGAUUAUCAGGUGCAGUUGAAGCAUUUUCCAGGAGGAAUAUUUCCAGUUCCAGUCCACAUGUUGAUCAUUCUAAACAAAAGACUUGUGAGGACGUGCAUCCUGAUACUGAUCGAGGACGUGGUUCUUCUUCUCGAUAUGGAAGCUCCUCAAGAAGAGCUGUAAUUACAAAUAGCAAGGCAAGUUCUUCUGGUGAUCACUUUGAGGGUCGUCGACUAGUUGCAAGAACUGGGCGCCCUUCUACCACCACUCAUAGACUUCAUUCCUCUUAUGAGACAAAGCCAACCUCAUUUGUUAGAACAUCAACAAGAGGCGGCCGUGAUGAUCCUCUCCGGAGCUUUGAACUUCUAUCAAUCAGGAAGUGAAAACUAAUAACAAGAAGGUUUUUCUCAUUAGGGUACUUGGCAUACGCAUCAGAGGGAUAAAGCCCUCAGCAUCUGCGAUUAUUUGCAUCUUGAUUCUCUCUUGUACAUGGGACAUCCCCCAAGCCGACCGCAAACAAACAUUACAGGUCAGUUGACACAAUCUUGUAUGACCCAAAAAAAAAAAAAAAGAAAGAAAAAUAAAAUCCAGGAUUACCUUUGCAUCUUUUCCCCUCAUAAGCGUUUGCGGCCGUCAUCUAUGUUUAUCGAUGCCGCUCAUGAUGCAGAGAUUCACACUAAACAAUUCUACUUGUGUGACUCAAGUAGCUGUAAUAAUAACUGUAUUUCCUUUCAUGUUCUUCCUAUUUUAAAGACCCAUCCAUCGGUCGUUUUUAUA